AUGCGUCUGACCCCUGAGCAAAUCGAGCGAUACAGCCGCCAGAUCAUGAUUCCCGACGUUGGAGGGAGCGGACAAAUACGGCUGCGCCAGGCGAGCGUCCUGGUGGUGGGGGCCGGCGGCCUGGGCAGUCCGGCGGCGUUCUAUCUCGCCGCCGCCGGCGUGGGACGGCUCGGCAUCGUGGACAGCGACACGGUGGACCUUUCCAACCUGCAGCGGCAGAUCCUUCACACCACCGCGGACCAGGGGCUCCGCAAGGUAGAGUCCGCCAGAUCCCGGCUGCUCGAGCUCAAUGCAGAGGUGGAGGUGGAAAUCCACGACGUGCGGUUGACCGAGGAAAACGCCGCCGAGCUCAUGGCGCCCUACGACUUCGUCAUCGACGGGAGUGACAACUUCGAUACCAAAUUCCUGGUCAACGAUGUGGCCGUAUCCCUGGGCAAGCCGUUUUCCCACGCGGGGAUCGUCCGCCUCGAGGGCCAGACCAUGACGGUGGUGCCCCCGGACAGCGCCUGCUACCGCUGCCUGUUCGAGGAGCCGCCGGCUCCGGGCGAAGUGCUGGGGUGCCAGCAGGCAGGCAUUCUGGGUGCGGUGGCGGGAACCAUCGGCUCCAUCCAGGCCACCGAGGCCAUCAAGUACAUCGUCGGCCUCGAAGAGCAUCUGCUGGUAAACCGUCUGCUCACCUACAACGCCAAGACCAUGGAAAUACGCAAUGUGCCGGUGCCGCCGAACCCCCGCUGCAAGGCUUGCAGCGCAUCCGUCGGCUCGCCGGCUUCCCGAAGGAGUCAAGCAUGA